AUGGCGCAAGAAGAUGAUCAGAGCAAGUGGAAAAUCAAGAAGGAGCUUACGGCAUUAGAUGUCGUAAAUCAUUUCGUCUAUUUAGACAUGAAGGACGUGGAGGAACAUAUAUUGAGGCUUUGGAACAAAGACAAGAUCAUAAGAGUAAGAACAGAUUCCACAAAGAUCAUGGUUAAGGAUGUUGACACCAACACCCAACACGCACUUCAUUUUCACAUUUACGAUUACAAGCCAGAGGCUAAUGCCACGCUAGAAGGCGAAUGGGGUUGGGAUUUUGUUACGCGCAGAGGGCUUGGUGCUGGUGACCAGAUUGGGAUUUAUUACGGAAAAACUGGUGAAUCUGAAUUCUGUUUUAGCGUCUUGAAAAAGGUAGGGUUCUUGGAAUAUAAGUAG